AUGUUCACCUCUAAAAUCAGCAAAACUUCUAGCAUUUUGAACAAGGCUAACACUUUCCUAGCCACCACUCAAACCAUCAUCAAUACUAACCAACUCAGAUUUGCUGCAAAGGAAAAGUUUGACCGUAGCAAGCCUCACAUUAACAUUGGUACCAUUGGACACGUCGACCACGGUAAAACUACUCUCACUGCAGCCAUCACCAAAUAUUUGAGUGAAAUGGACCCAAAGGCUAACAACUUCUUGGCCUAUGACCAAAUUGAUAAAGCUCCAGAGGAAAAGCAAAGAGGUAUUACUAUUAGUACUUCUCACAUUGAAUAUUGUACACCAGCUAGACACUAUGCUCACAUUGAUUGUCCAGGACACGCUGACUACAUCAAGAACAUGAUUACUGGUGCUGCUCAAAUGGACGGAGCAAUUCUCGUUAUUUCUGCCGAUGACGGUCCAAUGCUUCAAACCAGAGAACACUUGUUGUUGUGUAAACAAGUCGGUAUCAAACACAUUGUUGUCUUUUUGAACAAGGUUGAUUUGGUUCCUGACCAAGAGAUGAUUGAAAUGGUUGAAGAGGAAAUUAGAGAAACCGUUAAACAAUAUGGAUUUGAUGGUGAUAGUAUCAGUAUCAUUAAAGGAUCUGCUUUGAAGGGUUUGGAAGGAGAUAAAUCAGAAAUUGGUACACAAGCCAUUCAAAAACUCAUGGAUGCUGUUGAUAAGGACAUUCCAGAACCUGAAAGAGAUAUUAACAAGCCAUUCCUCAUGCCUGUGGAAGGUGUCUUUACCAUCUCUGGUAGAGGUACAGUUGCCACUGGUAAGGUCGAUCAAGGCUCCCUCAAAUUGAACGCUGAAGUUGAAGUUGUUGGUUUUGCUCCAACUCCAAUCAAGACAUCAGUGACUGGUAUUGAAAUGUUCCACAAGUUGGUCGAUAAGGGACAAGCUGGUGAUAACUUGGGUAUCUUGUUGCGUGGUAUUGAUAAGAAACAAAUUAAGAGAGGACAAGUCAUUUGCAAGCCAGGUUUGCUCAAGCCACGUACCAAGUUUGAUGCUGAUAUUUACGUUUUGACUGCAGAAGAAGGUGGUAGACGUACUGCUUUCGUUGAUGGUUUCUCUCCUCAAUUCUUCUUUAGAACUGCUGACGUUACUGGUAAGAUGAAGAUUUAUCCUGAGGAAGGAAAGGCUCUCGCUGAAGGUGAAAAGUGUAUGGCCAUGCCAGGUGACAAGAAGAAGAUUAACGUUUCUUUGAUUGCUCACGUUGCCAUUACUGAAGGUUUGAGCUUUGCUGUCAGAGAAGGUGGUCUCACUAUUGGUGCUGGUAUCGUUACUAAGGUUUAUGAAGAAGAGGUCCCAGCAGGUCAAAAGAAGAAGUAA